UCACUGCUCACAUUUAGCGUUUGACCCCCCCUUGCACACAUCUACCAACGGUUCCGUACCACCAUCACAGCAGACACUUGGUUUGGUCAUCAACUUUUCUGAUUUGCCUCAACAGCUGUGUGUCUAAACUUGCAGCCCUGCAGUUGUACAGCGUUUCAUAGUGAGUUGGGAAAAGGGGACGUGAAUGUAGGACGGAGCAGCCUGGCCCGUUUCCCUUCGAACCAGAGGCACAGAUUUGCAACAAGGGGAGAGAACGCACAUCUCUGGGUGGAAAGAAAAACAGAAGACGCUUUGCUGCCCCCAGUAAGGAAAGAAGUCCCUGAGACACAAACGGUUGUGUCUCUAUAUCCCACAUUCAGCUUUAUAGAUUUCGUAUUUUACCUGCAACCAUGCACAGGCGCACAAAGAUCAAGAUCGCCAUCUUUGUGCUGCUCGUGGGUAUGGCUUGUAUGUUCACCGCAGUGGUGACGGACUACUGGGCAGUGCUCAGCCCACAGGUGAACACACUCAACAGCACCUGCGAGGCGGCCCACUUCGGCCUGUGGCGGCUCUGCAAGAAGGAAAUCUACAUCACCUCUGAGAACUAUGUGGAGGGGCACGGCUGUGGACCCAUCAGCCUGCCUGGAGAGGAGAACUGCACAUACUUCAGGCACUUCACUCCAGGACAGGAUGCUGAGAUAUUGGAUUAUAAAACACAAAAAGAGUACAACAUCUCAGCUGCAGCUAUCUCCAUCUUCGCCAUGGCCUUUAUGAUCUUGGGGUCUUUGUGCCUGUUGGGUUCGUGCACGGGUUCAGGCAAAGGAAGAGACUAUCUCCUAAAACCCGCUGGUAUGUUCUAUGCAUUUGCAGGUCUCUGUGCCUUCAUCUCACUGGAGGUGAUGCGUCAGUCAGUCAAACGCAUGAUCGAGAGCCAGGAGACAAUAUGGAUCGAAUACUACUAUGCCUGGUCUUUCGCAUGUGCGUGCGCUGGAUUUGUCCUCCUUUUUCUCACUGGAAUCGCCCUCUUGAUUCUCUCCAUGCCCCAGAUGCCUAGAAAUCCUUGGGAGACUUGCAUGGAUGCUGAGCCAGAACAAGUGGAGUAAUAGUUAGACACAAUGCAGGAUGAGUGGCUCCCGCCAACUGAAAUUUUGAAAUUAUGCCAGCAUUAAGAAUUUGUGAUAAAAGGGUCACAUGUAAAUAAGUAAGGAAGAUAAGUGGUAAGUAAAGGAACUGUCACUCCUGUGGACGUACUGUGCUUAAGUCAGCAGAUCUGACUGAACAGCUAUUUGAGAAUGAAUAAACAUUUCCUAUCACUUUUCCCGUAGUGUUCUUAUUCUUCAAUUCAAAAUAAAAUAGUCCUCACCAGCAGCUCUUGUGGCUCAUGUUGGAAGCUAAGCCUCAAAUCUGAUAUGUAACUUUAAAUAAAUAAAUAAAUAAAUGAAAUAUGCUUCAGAUAUUAUGGUAAUUGAAAUUAUU